UCUCGCGGUACUAAGAGUGUUCGACAUCGACAUGGCUAUAGGAUAUGACAAUUAGAGUUGUGCCUUAGUUUUAAAUCAUUUCACUUUCUAUAACAAGGUGGUUUUAGUGGUUUUGUUUUGUUAAAAUGAUGUUUAAGAGUGUUGUAUUUCUACUUGCUACCAUCAUUGUUGCGUCUGCUAAAGUAUCUCCUAAAGUAAAAUGUACUCCAAGCCAGAUGCGAGUGGAAGUGCCAAUCUCUUCCAACACAAUGGCAGUCUACAUUCAAGGUUUAAGAGAUUAUCCUGAUCCUGCGUGUAGACCUCACACUGACUCUUCAGGUACUUUAGCAGUCCUUGAGCUUGAUUUGCAAGAUGUUUAUAGAUGCGCUGUUACCAGAGCCAUCAACAAACAAACGGGUAAACAAAUUUACUAUCAAAGUCUGAUCAUCGAAAAUGUCGAAGCCGAUGGACAAACAAUUAAAGACACCCUUCAUGUGAAGUGCUCAAUAUACUCCAUAAAAAAUCACACCGUGUCCAAGAGAAACGUUUUACCAGCCGGAUUUCAAGAACCUGAAGAAAUAGAAAUUUUAACCACAAACGAAACGAUAGGUAGAGCUCCAGAACCUAUAUUAGGUGUUGGAGUUAGACAAGCCGGCAAAUUGGUCACUGGUGAGCUCAAUGUAUCUCCUGGUACGCCACUUCAAAUGGAAAUUUUCUUAGAUAAGGUGUCAGCGCCUAUAUAUGGUCUUCUAGUGACUCAUAUGCAAGUGACCGAUACGAAGACGCAAGAAGAAACUAUUAUUUAUAAUGGAUGUUCUGUAGAUCCUUAUCUUUUCGAAAACUUUAAUACUGAAGAUGGAGAUUUCUUGUCAGCGAAAUUUAGGGCUUUCAAGUUCCCAGAAUCUACAUAUGUCCAAUUUAAAGGAACCGUAAAUGUAUGCCUCGAUAAAUGCAAAGGGGUUGAAUGCAGUGAUGGUCAGAUUGGCUACGGAAGAAGAAAAAGAGCAAUUUCUGAAUUACCACCUGACCCAAAUAAGAUAUUCGAAAUCACCAUAACGUCCUUCAUUAAAGUAGGAUCUGAAAAUACUGUAGUCGAUACCAACAACGAAAAAAUAUACAAUAAUAAGAAGUUCAUAGUAGGGAACCAAAUGACUGAAAGAGAAAUUGUCAAAGAUAAAACUUUCUUUAAUGGAGAUCCAGUCCAGGAAGUCUUAGAGCUAAAAGAAGAAGAAAAAUACACAUCCAUUGUCGCCGAAAAUGGAUCAUCUGCCGCAAUAGUCCAAAUUUCAGUCCUUCUAUUAGGCCUUAUCCAAUUACUUUUGUAACUAAUUCCAAUUGCGCAGGCUCAAAAUUGUAAUUUUAAUUUGUAAAUAUGUCUGUGAUAAAAUGAAAAAAAAUUAAGUAAGAGUGAAUGUGAUCUACGAAAUACGAAUAGAUCUGCACGCUAUAGGAGUAUAAGCCAUUUCUCUUCUUCAACUAUUCUCAAUCGAAUAAACGAAUCUGCCAGGCGUUUUUAAACUAAUUUAUUUAAAAACUAGUUCUAAUAAAUUACAUAAAUUUACAAAUUUUGUUACCAUAAGACAAAUAACUUUAAAAGUAAUCGAAUAUUUUUACUUAUUGUAAAAUUUGCAUAUUUGGAAUAUAAAUAACAUGAUUUUAAAUAAAUGCAACGAAUAAAAGGAAACACAUAUACACAUCGCCAAGUUCCAAAUGAAAUAAUCUUUUCUUAUCUUUUUUCUUCUCAGAUUCCAUUUACCUUUUCAGGCGUCGGAAAAGGAUUCAUUUUCCUGCCUUUCUGUUCUCAAUAUUUUCAUAUCUUAUUGUCAUUUCUUUUUCGUUCUUAUUUCUUAAAUUGUUCUUGUUAUUUUGUCAGGCUUUAUUUUUACCAUGUGUCCAUACCAAUUUAGUUGUUUCUGAUCUAUUUUUUCUAUUAUUAGUUCUUAUUUUAUUAUUUUGUUAUUUUUCUAAUUUCCUCAUUUUAUUUCCAUUUUUAUUUCAAUUUUCUUGUUCGAAAUGCGCAUGCUUAUCUGUCGUGGACAUGUCGCCGAGAGGCUAUGCGAACAAAGCAUUUUAUAUAUGACGCAUGAGCAAAAAUUAACCUUGUAUAAAUUUUAUUAAAAAGUACUUUUUCUGAAAUAAUUAAAUUGCUAUUUGAAAAUUAUGGUAGUUUCAAAAAAUAUUUGGCGAUGUCUAUAUGGAGUGAUCCACAAAAAAUAUUUUUAAAGUAAGCCUUGGAAAAAAGUGACGUAUGUUUCAUGAUUCUUCUUUUUUUAAAGACAGUUUGAAUUUAAUCUAGAGGCAUGUAGUUACCACAUGACUCGUAUAUUUGUCUGUAAUGAAUGGCCAACUUUAGAAACAUUUUUUGUAUGUUAUAUUAUUCCAAAAUAAUAUGUAAUAACAGCUUGAAAUUUAGUUAAAACAUUAUUAAAUUACAUUUCUUUAUAAAUAAUAACGAUAUUUCAAUUUGGUGCUAUUUAGAAAUUAAAAAAAAAAUUCUGUUCUUAAUAAUAAUUGAACCUAGGUUCAAAUAAAUGACUUCUGGAAGACGAGCAACUGCCACAAACCAGUCAAUUAAUAAUAGGUAUAAUGAUUAUUACAAUUUUGAUCUGUAAAAGAUUGUACGAGGUCUGCUGCUAAAAUUUUGGGAAAGUGUCAAACAAAUUGUUUUUUAGUGUCUCACUGUCAAAAAAUCUCCUUAUUGAUUUUUCAGUACUUAUCCUUCAGGUCUAUAUACUUUUUCAUUAAACCGAACCAAUUUUCACUUUUAAGACCCAACUCAACUUUUUUUAGGUUAGAAAUCUUUAAAUUAUCGAUUUUUCAUUCGAAGUAAUACAAGACGCCACUUCAAAUUUGUAUCUCUUAAUGUCAACAAAUACGUAACACGAUGAGUUUAAUAAAAUUAGCACGGCUGCAAAUUUCUUAUCACCACCUUAGAUGGCGCCACCUCAUCGACAGUACAUUUUUAAAUCUUAACACAAGUUUCCUGAAAUAAUUAUACAAAACUAAAAAAGUGUAAUUCGCGUUUUAGCUUUUAAAUAUAAUAAAAAAUGAUGGAAAGUAUAUAACUUUAAGAAUGAUUCGACAAUUUUAAUUAUUUCAUACGAAUCUUCGAAAUAACCAAUCAGUAUUAACUGAUUUUUUUCAUGGUCACCUAUAUAGUGCUUUUCAGAUAAAAGUAUCCGCCUUAAGUUACUUUUGAACCACUGAUUAUUCC